AUCCAUCAUCUCAUUCAACCUUUCCACAAACCAUGGGUGCUCACUGUUAAGUGAAUUUUCUAAGAUGUGUUAACAGAAUGGUUAAUCCUUUGCUUUUCCUUUCAGAGAUGUGGUACUGGAUCUUCCUGUGGGCUCUCUUCUCCUCUCUGUUUGUCCAUGGUGCUGCAGGAGUGUUGAUGUUUGUGAUGCUGCAGAGGCACAGGCAGGGAAGAGUCAUCUCCGUCAUUGCUGUCAGCAUUGGGUUUUUGGCUUCUGUAACUGGAGCAAUGAUUACCAGUGCCGCGGUGGCCGGCAUCUACCGAGUGGCAGGGAAGAACAUGGCCCCGCUGGAAGCGCUGGUAUGGGGCGUUGGGCAGACCGUAUUGACAUUAAUCAUCUCCUUUUCAAGGAUCCUCGCCACACUUUGAGGUUUCUGAGGGAAUGUCUUAUUUCACAUAAGGAAGCAGAUGUACAGAUUCCCUGAAAAUGGCAUUGUGAAGGAGCUGUGGACCGAGCCAGUCGAAACGGAAGGAAGACAGACCUUGCGCUGUGUGGAAAGACUGCCCUCUGGCGUCCAAGUGAUUGCACUACCGCACUGCACCUUACGUGCCUCCGUCCCAGGCAAGGUGCACAAGACCCAUGUGAAGCCUCAAAAAAAAGCACCUUGUUUAGCUGCCAAUCAGGUUAACAUUGGUGUUGAAAUCAUUGUUCUUAACAGUGUUGUGUUAAGUUACAGGGACGUUUUGAGGAAUUGAUAUAUGUGCCAAACUUUUCUUUUUGACAUUGAUCAUGUGACAGUUUGCAAGUGUAGAUGUAGAUGAGUGCUGUGAACAUAUUUGACAUGAAUUCAGGUCAUGUGGUAAGAUUUUGUUUUGUAAUGCUGAAUCCCCUAUGAGUGCUAAAUAACUCAUUUAAUAUGGGAGAAAUUAUUUGGUUUUAAUGUGGAGCGUUUCUGGGAUUUAGGGCUUUUUAGGCAUUACUAUUUAAUUUAUGCGGAAAAUAAUAGUCUUCUUAAUGGAAGAUGAGCUAAACUGUUUUAAGGAUUCAAAGUAGACCUGUAGGGUGCAUACUUUUCACUAACUGGACACCCUUUUAAUAGUUUUCCUCAUGCAUAAAUAUUUUAUUUAUAUGAAUUAAAAAAACUUUAUGGGUCACACAUAUUGUCACUUAUGUGUCAUAAAAAUAUAAUUUGAAAUUUUUCUUAUGAAUUUUGUAAGAAAAAAGUCUGAAAUGCAUGUUGCAUUCUUUGACCCUUCUAAAGAAAGUUUGCCUUGUAUCUCAUGGAGAAAACAUCUUUGUCAUUAGCAGCAGUGGGAUUAUAUUACUUGUUGCAUCUGUCUUGAUUUUUGACAAAACAAUCUUUCAUUCUGGAGUAUUAACUAUACUGAAAGAGUGGCCUAAAUUAGGCUCUGGAAAUAAAAAGGCUCGUUUGUAUAUAAGUACCAAGUAAGUUAUUUAGGAAGAAUAAUAAACUCUUCUUACUUUGGAUAUGUGGCAAUGUCAUGAUUCUGCUAAAUAAAAAUUGGGGAAUACAAUAAAUAAUUUUAAAACUUGGCAGUCUUAACAAAUCAGUGAAGUACAUAUAUGUAUAUGUGUGUAUAUAUUUAUACACACACACACACACACAUAUAUAUAUAUAUAUAUAUAUAUUUGAGUGAUUCAUUUCAGAUGUUCAGUUUUUAAGUUACAAUUUAAGUUUACUGGAAUAAGAUCACAUGUAUUAAAAGUGGCACUAUCCUUUGUAAAGCAUUUUAAGAGAUUCUGUCAAUACAUAAUUGUAAGAAGACAAGAAGUAAGAAAACACAGACCCUAGUCUGGUUGAAUCUCCUAAUGAGACUUUUUUGGCCAGUUGCAAUUUAUAAACAUGCUAACUCAAAGGAGCAGCCAUUAUAGAGAAUACAGAGAACAGUCCAGACAAAAGAGUCCCCUCGCUUCUUUAUUUAAGUCAACUUUUAAAAAUGUAAGUUCACUUUAGCUCCCAUUCAAAUUUAAGACUCCUGUUACCUAUGCUACUUUUCCUCCAUCAAAAAGAAUAUAUUAAUUUAAUGUGAGAGUUGGGAAGGAGGAUACUUUUACCUAUAUGGAAGCCAGUUUUAAGGGUUUACUGUCACUAGCUUAGAAAUUUGUUCAGACAGCAACAACCAAUUAGCAAAUAUUCAAUCUUAAGAUCUUUGAAGUAAAUUUUAAAAUUGAUUCUUUUUAUUUUGUACAUGUCUACUAUUAAUUUAUGUGUUCUUUAUAUUUCUAAUGUUUCCUCAAAUUAAAUGUAGACGUAAAUUUUCCAGGUCAAUUUGAUUUCUCCUUUUCUGUUGGACUUGAAUUGUAUUCUUUCUUUACUUUGGCUAUCCUAUCAAUAAUUUAAAGCAUUUGUAUUCUAGAGGAAUUACCAAUAAUGUGAAAAUUGUUUUAGAAGUACAGAAUGAAUUUUUUAAACAUGGCAAUUUUAUGAUUUAAGAAAAUUAUCACGGUAAUAUGGAGCACAUGGUUCAUAAUCCAAAAUUAGUCAGAAAAUAACAUGGACAUUGAAUAUAUUAAUACGUGGACCAAAGAGAUCUGAACUCUUGUUUGUACUCUAGAAUGAAAGUAUAACUCAAUGGUUAAUAGUUAGUCUGUAGUUGUCCUGCAGCUAUCUCAUUACCAAGUUGACUUACAUUAAGGUUUGGGUGUAUAUGUGUGUGUAUGUGUGUGUACUUUUAAUUUGGGGGGAUAUUUUUGUUUCCGUUGCUGUUCUCAGUUAUUCCCAGAGGGAUUUUGUAGAACUGGCACUCUUUUCAUGUUUUGAAAUGCAGUUGAAUAGUAUGAAUUUAUGAAAUUGUUUUAAUAGCUAUUUAUAUGCCAAGGUUUUUUAAAAGUGAGUAGUUUUCCUAUAGAGACGAGAUGUUUAAUGAUAUGUAUGUGUACACAUAUAUAUCAUUAUAUACAUAUAUAGAGAGCUAUAUAUGAAUACAGUCUAACUGGAAAGCUUUGUUAAUGAACACUUUCAUGUUCUAGUGGAGAAUUUGAUAUAUUUGUUUAGUUGAAUUAUCUUUUACAUAGAGGAUGUUUGAGAUUUUUGAAUUUUGGAAAAGUUUUCUUGGUUUAAUAGUGCCGGAGACCCUUGUUUGGGACAUGACAAAAGUCCUUAUUGACAUAGUUGGGUUACAAUUUCUUAAGAUUUGUAUGUGAUUUAGCAGUAAAUUUUCUUUGUGACAAAGUGAAGAAGGAAGGGGUAAAUCCUCUGCUGUUGACACUCCUUUAUUUUAAAAAUGUUCAGUAAAAUAUUGCUGAAAGUAAAUCAAUUCCCCACAGAAGGAACUCUACAAACCCAAAGUUAUUUCUUAACAUACUGGUUAGACAUGGCCAUAGAUGUGUUAGCCAGGAGCCUCGUGCAAGCUACCAAUUUAAAAACUUUAGAAGAAGGGAGGUACAAGUGGUCUGUCCCCUGGCAUAGUUCUUUGGUCACCUAGGGUUGAGAAAGUCCUAAAUGAUGGCCAUGUUCCCUGCUCACAGCUUAGUUUUUAUUUUAGGUCAUACUGCUUACCAAACAGUGUGGUAGUUUGUUUCCCCAUCUCCUUUCCUCAUAUUUGUAGCACACAUUUUCACUGCUACAUUUCCAAACCCACAUCACUUCUGUUUGUAUUUUAAAUGACAGAAAGAAAUGAAUUGGCCUGUAUAUUUUCUAUUGGUGAUGUAAGGAAUAGGGAUGAUUUAAAAUCAAAGAGUUUUUUGGAAAAGGUCUUGGAGCACCCUGAGGAAGAUGAGGGAGUGGGCCUGCCGCAUUAACAUGCCCGGGCCAUGCUCACGACCAGCUCAUGCAGUUUUGUAAAGACUUUUUGCAGAUCUAGGGUGUGUAAAAUGCUGGACCAAGUGUUGUCUGCUGUACAGCAGAGAUGACCAGGAGGGGAUUCCUGUCCUCCAGUCCACCAAGAGCUGGCUUAGAGACAAUUGCCAAUCCUAAAACGUUGGGACUGUUGGCUUCCUGAUUCUAGUUAGAGUCUGAUCCUGUUGCCUGCGCUGUGAUUCUGAUUUUCCCACUUCAUCCACUAAAAGAAAUUUCAGUAACUGAGUUGUCAUCGCCAUGGUGCAGGAGAGGACUGGACUCUCAGCCAGCGACUUUGGCUUGAGUCCAGGCCCUGUAGCUUGUCGACUUUUUGAUGUGAACAAAUCACUUAACAUCUCUGAGCUUCUGUUCAUACAGUGUGAAGUGUGAUCAAUACUGCUUAUGGUUUUGUGAGGAUUAUGUGAGAUUAUUUACAAAUUCAGGCAAAGUAAUAUGUAUUUGACAGUAAAUGAUCCUUAGGUAGUUGCCUGAAUUUUUCUUAAAUAACAUUUUGCAAAACCCAGUUGCAUAUGUUUUAUGAAAUUCACCUAUUUUUAUUUACUUCUACAUUUUACCUACAUUUUUAACAUGAAAACUAAAAGAAGAAAAAAAAAGUCUUUUUAUAAGAGACUAGGUUAUAAACCUAGUCCUUCACAUUUUCUCAGAUAUUUAUCUGAAAAUGCCUCUGGGCUUCAGUGGUGGUGGGAGUGGCCAACAGGAUUGAGUUACAGGUUCGGUGCCACAGGUAGAAGUGGGACAAGAGUGGAGGUUACCAGCAUUUUCCCUCCGAUUCACUUAGGAUAUUCAUUAACUCUCUGUUGUAUGCAAAUUAUUAUCCUGGUUUUGGAGACAGAAAAGUGGGUAAGAGUCAGCCCUCUGUCACAUAUGUCCCCUUUCUUCCAUGGACCACGGUGGAUUGGGGUCCUGGCUGUUGUGGUUGUUUUGUUUACUGGUUGGGUUUUUUUUUGUUGUUUUUGACCAUUAUUUUAAAUGUAUGUUCAUUUUACAAUUCAGGAAGUAACAAGAUACUAAGAGCACUUUUGGAAAUAUUCUCAAACUACUUCAUUCUUACUAUCCCCAAGUUUUCUCAGAAAGUCUCAAACAACUUCUUUAAACAUCCUUAUUUAUUUUGUUUUCAAGAUUAAGAGGAACAUGCAAAAAGUCACUGAAGAAAUUCUAGUAGACUUAGAUUGCCGAGAAGUUUGGUGACACGUGUUGGAUAGCUGGGUAAAGUCUUGUGAUGAUAAUCAGGAGUGAGAUUUUCCGUGGUUAAAAUGGACGAGUCAUUGAAUGUCUCAUUGUCUACCGUAAUUUCCCAUCUUUCUGAAACUCUCCAGGUAGAAGGAACAUCAUUUGAUUAGGAGUUAUGGCUUUUCAAAUAUGUGGUACCACUUUUUAGCAGGAGAAAGUUUAAAGAUAGGAAAUAUUAAGGGGCCACAGGACAAACCUGUGACACGUGACUCUAGUUCCCCCCUUCUGUUAGGCUGGAGCUACCCUGUGCAAGAGUGUGUGCCGCCUGUUUACACAGCACGUGUACCUUUGUAUGUGGGCUGCACUGAAGCAGCAUGUGGUGCUAGGUCACCCCUCCCACUGGAGGAUCUGGUGGUCACGGGCAAUGCAGUGUUGUUCAGGACGUUGUUGAGUGAGUUAUCUCAACACACAUUUGUGAAUUUGUUUGGGGCAAUACUACAUGAAGUAUUUUCAUUAAAUGUGGAGAUAUGCUGGUUAAUUCUUGAUUAAAUUUGUGGUGAUGCUCAAGUCUCUGAGCCGAGCUGUGAACUCUGAUCCCUUCUCCCUGAUUGAGGGGGUUCGUUUUGACAUUCUUUACAUCCCUUGAACAUAUGUUGAGCUUACAUAAUAGCCCUCCCUUGAUUUUGAGAACUAAUUCAGCAGUUUCUUUAAAAUCUUCCUCCUUUUCCCAAACAGAUGCCAUAUGUCAUGGUUUAGACACACAAACAGUUUGUUGAUGGAAGAGGAAGUGCUGGUUCAGAAGAGAUUUUUCCAUACCUGUGGUUAUGCAACUGUUACUGAAAAAUAACUGGGCAAGUCCAGACAGCAUGACCUCUGCACAUUUUUUUUUUUUAAGAUUCUAUACUGUACACAUAUACAGUAUAUCACUCUUUUGUAGUAACUAGGCUGUCCCCUUUUGGGGAAUUUAGGUCUUAAACCGAAACUGGAAAGUAGUGUGACAGAAAGACACAGGAAGAGUCACCGUAGUGCAUGGUCACCUGAAUCCCAUCACUAUGAUGCCUUUUCUCCUAAAUACAUAUUGUGAUCACUAAAAAACAUCAUUUAUUUUUUAGAGCCCCAUUAAAUGAAUGUUAGCUUGAGAGUACUACUAAUAAUGAAAAGUUACCCCCCACCUUUUAAAUUAAAGUGGGUGCACUCAAUCAUUAAGUCACUUUGGGAUGGAACAUUUUGAAGUUUUCUUCAUAGACAGUAAGUCGAGGCCUUUGUUCAAGGGUAGUGAAAAUGACUUCCCCUUAGUACUAGGUGAGCUGGGAGUCUGACCACUGGCCCUUUCCUGGUGUUGGUGACAUCAAAUGACCGUGGAGGAGCUGAAGAACAUCCUGGCCCUCUUCUUAGCACACGCACCUUCUGACAUGAGCUCUACGUGUUUAGAUGAACAAAUAGGAAAAUUCACAGUGUUUUUCAUUUUAGCUAUGUAACUUGGUAAAAUUCAUCUAAUUUUACUCUGAGUAUUAGCCCCUGACUCCAGUCAUUCUGGAAUGAGGGGAGCAACUACUAAAAUGUCUAUUUAAAUAGUAAAAGUACAAUUUACCUGACAGGUAUUAAGACUCACUUUCAAAUUGUGCUAACUCUCAGACCACUGAUGAAUCAUUUAGUUAAAUCAUAGUACCGUUCGUAAAAGCUAAAUGAUACCUUAGUGCCUUGAAAGUUAAGAUACUCUUGCAAAGUGAAUUUAGAGGUUCAGGAUUGGCACCGAUGAGUUGGCUUGGGGCACGUCACCUAUGAAUGGGAAUCCAGAGUUCAGGAAGGGUGUUGUUGACAUGGGCGUUGGCCACCGACUCCUUAUGGUUUGGUGUGAGCCAGUAAUUGAGCCAUUGGCCGUGCCAGGUGACAGCUGCUUUCAUUAUGUUUUCAUGAUGUGGCAUUUUCCUUCACUUUUUGCUUUUUCCAAGUAUGAAAUUUGGGAGGGGGGUGUAGUCAAGCAAAUUAAAUGUGGGAUUUUAAAGUUUAGUUUUGUUGUAAACUAGAGAUUCUAGUGUGAACAAUGUUAGUUUUAUAUUGUAGUACAAGGGCAGACACUUUACGUAACCUUUAGAAAUAUGUUGACCAUCAGGGCUUUAUUUUUACUAUAGAAAUACUAAAUGUACUGUGAAGCUUCAAGACGGGAGGGAUCCACCUUGGAGGGGUAGUACACAGAACAAAAGCAUAUUUGACAUUAUGUGAACACAACUCCCCCCUUCUGUCAAGAGUAUAAACUACGCUGUAUGAGUAUGUGUACUGCAUGUUUACAUAAUAGUUUAAUUUUGAAGGAUUAUUUAAAGACUAUGUUUAUAUAUAAUACCUAACAAGCUGUAAAUAUUGUAUACUAUUGAUUUUUAAUUUUAUAUAAGCAAUUUUUUAUUUCCCAAUUCAUGUACAAAUCCCAUUGUGUAUAUAGCAUAAUUUCCUGGAAAACACAAAUUUUGCAGUGAAUUUUAAGUAUUUUAAUUGCAGAAAGCAUCAAGUCAGCCUUAGAGAUGUUGAUCUUCAUUUUAAAUUAUUUUUCACCACUCAUUUUCUUCAAAGGGCAGCAAUAAACAUACGCAAGUUAUUUUUGAUUCUAGAAAGUUGGUCUACAGAGAUCUAGGUUCCAGUUCAUUGCUUUAAAGAAAAGAUGCACAAUUAAUAUCAUCCAGUGUCUGAUCACGGGACCCUUUCCGAGGUCCACCUGUGGCUCUCCUCUUUGUAAUAUACAGGGUGAACUCUGCCGACACACAAAACAUCUGUUAAAAGUGAAUCCAGCACUUAACUGUCAUUACACAGAAUUUAUUGGAUUAAAAAUUUGUAAUAUACAGUAUUUUAAUAAAGUUUCUGUAUUCAAUUUCAUGCACUUAUAUAUAAAUAAACCUGUCUUUAAAAGCUUUA